UCCUCACCAUAUCUCUAACCCCUCUGCCUGUGCCUCCUCCACCCUCGCCCUGACCUCACUGCGCUAUCACUGUUGGGUAAGGGGUGUAUCUCCUCUACUGGACAGGGAGCCUGAUAACUGGACUUCGGCUUUCCUGACUGCUCUGGCCCCAGAGUCACCCAGUACAGGACUGUGCACAUAGCAGGCACUCAAUGAACAUACAGUGAAUGCCUGAAUGUUAAGGACACUGGCAAUCUGGAGGUAGGGAUUUGGGGGAUGGGAAUUAUCAGGGGAGAUCCAGAGGCCCCUGCCCCAUCCCCGGCUCAGGGCAAUAGAACCUGCACACUGAAUGGAACCCCGUGUAAUAGCGCCCCAUUGUGUUUGCCUCCCGGUUUAGAACCCGGUGCGGAUGAGGCUCUCCCCACCCAAGGCAGGAGGGUCAGGCAGGAUCCCAACCCGGGCUACCUGGGGUGCGCCCCUAUCCCCCAUGAACAACCAGGCGCGGGCCCCAGCUCCUUCCCCGGUCCGGGCCUCGGCCUCGGUCCGGGCCUCGACUCCGGCCCGGGGUACGACUCCGGUCAGGACUUCAAUCCAGGUUCGGGCUCCGACUCUGGUCCCGGCCUUGGGCCCAAUCCGGACCCCAACUCUGGUCCGGACCCUGACCCCGGUCCGGACCCCGACACCGGUCCGGUCCCCGACUCCGGUCCGGAUCCUGAUUCCGGCCCGGAUCCCAACCCCGACCCCAUCUCAGGUCCUGGUUCCUGCCUCGGAAUCCCUUCCGAACUCGGCCCUAUCUUCGGAUCCGCCCCAGGAACCUGAACCCGAGCUCACUUUGUCACCUGAUAAGGAUCCUGAGCCAACCUUGAGGGUGAAGCACGUCCCAUCUGUCACCAGUGGAUUUGGUCCCAUCCAAGAGCCCUUUCCUGCCCUUACUCCACUGGCCACCGAUUUACUGGGGCCCCCCCUUGGGUCCACUCCGAGGGCAGAUCUAUCGACCACCAAGUUAACAGAUUCCUCUUCUGGACAUAUCCCGGGGACGCCCAUCCUGGGGGCCAUCCCGUCGUUAGCUGUCGCCUUACCGAUUUCUACCAAUGCGUUCCCCUCCACCAGCGAGAACAUCCACGUGGACAGCAAGAUCAUGAUUCGAGUGGUGUACUGUGGCCUCUGAAGCUAUGGACUUCGGUAUAUCCUACUGAAAAAGAGUCUGGAGCAGCAAUUUCCAAAUUGUCUACUCUUUGAGGAGGACAUAUCUGCCCAGGCUACAGGGGAAUUUGAAGUGUUCGUCGACGGGAAACUGGUCCAUUCAAAGAAGAAAGGUGAUGGCUUCGUGGAUGAGACCAAGCUGCGGAACAUUGUGAGCCUUAUCAAUGAGGAGAUCAAGAAAAGGUAGCAGGCAACUGGAGCCUCAGCAGGAUGGCGAGAAGGGCUGAAACG